UUUCCCUGUGCUACAGAGUGUUAUCUGAUCCACAUUUCAUUUCCACCGGGAGAAGCUGAUCCUGCACAGCAUCAGCAUCAGGCACAACAAAGGAGAUGCGUUGCUUGCUUACGACCCAGAGCCAGAACGGCUACCGAGAGCAGAUCCAGAAGGAGACGUUGACUCGUUUGGCCUGGAAAAGCCGCUACGCCGACCUCUACUCGUGUUACAGUCCCCGAAACAGCAGCACCGAGUCGACACAGCUGCCCCAUCUGCCCGCUGACCCCCGGGCCGUCUUGGCACCUGUUACCAGGACGAUCGAAGAGCAGAGCAACCUUCCUCCUCGACCUCCUCCUCGACCUCCUGUGCGCCCUCUGGAGGGGGAGCGGCGUCUCAAUGCACCCCCCCUGAUGAGGGCAGUUUCUCCUCAGACCAGACUUGCUCUCUAUCAGGACUCCUCUCACCAUGGGAAAGGGCGGAGUCUGUACUUAAAGAGACGUGGCCACAUCCGACCUGAGGAGAAGUUUGACUUUCCUGUGCUCUCGUCCUGGGAGUACGGGUGGAGGCUGGGUGACUACACUCUGGAUUACAGAACACCGUCCCGCGCCAAGUCUUCAGUAGUGAAGAACACGUUCUACGCCAGGAACGGCGUGUUCUGCAGCCCGUCAGCCACCGACACUCUGGGCUGAAGUUAAGCCGUCAGACACCACAUGUUGCUCUUUAAUGAGAGAGUAGAACAGAAAAACAGGCUUUUAUGUGAAUAAAACCAGUGAUUUUUUAUGUUAAUGCAAACCCUGAUUUUGUUUUAUGACACUUUCACACCUGUAGUUUGGUAGAGUCGGUGUGAUUUGGUUGGUGAAGUUACAUCAUUGUUGCAUUUUUCAUGUGGUUCAGUUUGCAAUCACACUUUAUCAAACGCACCAAGCAUUGUAGACAAACAGGUCGCUGGUCUAUUGGACAGAAUAUCUGAGUAAUACUGGUACUCCAUAUGUGCAAUGUCUUGGGAUUUCUGGUUUUACUUUAGUGUUUCUAGUGUUUUAGAAGAAGGCAAACAGCGAGUGAAGGAGAGAGAGAGAGAG